AAGCGCACUAUGGCUCCAGCCCCUUGCAAUGCUGACUGCAGCCUGCAGCAAGUUUGGCAGCUCCAGCCCUCUCCCAGACCCUGCCACUUUGAGCAAAGCAGGUGCAAAGAAGCUGUACCCUCUGGGCAGUGAACUCUCAGCCCCCAAAGCCAUGGGUGAUGCCUACCCAGCUCCAUUUGCAGGCACCAACGGCCUUCUGUCUACGGCCAGCCCUCCAGCUCCGGCUUCGGGUUACUCCAAUGACUAUGGCCCUUUCUCUCAUUCUUUCCCUGGGCCCACGAGCACCCAGGACCCUGGGCUACUGGUGCCCAAGGGGCACGGCUCUCCCGACUGCCUGCCCAGUGUCUAUACUUCCUUGGACAUGACGCACCCUUAUGGCUCAUGGUAUAAGGCAGGAAUCCACGCGGGCAUCUCCCCUGGCCCCGGCAACACACCUGCCCCGUGGUGGGACGUGCAUCCAGGGGGCAACUGGCUGGGCAGUGGGCAAAGCCAGGGCGACGGGCUCCAGGGCACACUGUCCUCGGGCCCUAAUCAAGCUCCUCUCAACCCUCAGCUCUCCACUUACCCUUCUGAAUUUGCCCCCCUCAACCCUGCCCCCUACCCGGCUCCGCACCUCCUUCCUCCCGGCCCGCAGCACGUCCUGCCCCAGGAUGUCUACAAGCCUAAGGGUGGCAACGGGGGGCAGAUAGAGGGGGGAGGCGGGAACAAGCCUCCUCGGGGGGCAGGCGCCGGGGCCGGGGGCGCCUAUGGGGGAGGAGGGGCCGGGCGCUCCACCUGCGAUUGCCCUAACUGCCAGGAGCUCGAGCGCUUGGGGGCAGCCGCCGCCGGGCUGAGGAAGAAACCCAUCCACAGCUGCCACAUCCCCGGCUGUGGCAAAGUGUACGGAAAAGCUUCGCACCUGAAGGCCCACCUUCGCUGGCACACGGGUGAGAGGCCCUUUGUCUGCAACUGGCUCUUCUGCGGCAAGAGGUUCACCCGCUCCGACGAGCUGGAGCGGCACGUGCGCACCCACACCCGGGAGAAGAAAUUCACCUGCUUGCUCUGCUCAAAGAGAUUCACCAGGAGCGACCACCUGAGCAAGCACCAGCGCACUCACGGGGAGCCGGGCCCCGGGCCCCCUUCCGCCGGCCCCAAGGAACAUGGGGAGGUUCCAGGCGCCGAGGAGGAGAGCAGCCAGGCCGCCAGGCCCUCCGCCUCACCAAUUUCCCCAGAGAAAGCCCCGGGAGGCAGCCCGGAGCAGAGCAGCCUCCUGGAGAUCUGAAGCAAGAGGGCCACCCCCGGCCGCCCAUUCUCCGUGGCUGGCCCUGGUCCUUCCCCCUUCCUUCCCUCGCAUCCUCUUUUCUCUCCCACCUCAAUCCCAACCUCACUGCAGCCCAGCUCAUUU